AUGACCGGCGCUCCACCAUACAACGCUCAGUCGCCGACUCGGUUCGGUGCCUAUGAAUCUCCGAGCAAGAAUCGACCAUUCUAUCCCAACGGCGAACAACCGCCACCUCAGCAACAGCCAUAUUCACAACAUCCCCCUCAAACACCUCCAGCUUUCGGUCCUUCGUCCGUGUCCAGGAGUCCUCGUUUCUCCCACGCAUCGUCACCCAUGCCGGCUUCCCUUCCACCACCCUUGAAUGGCGCUGCGCCGCCACAUGCGGAUCAGUCGCAAUACCAGACACAUACCCCAGGUGUUGCCUCUCAGCUGCCCCUUCCGCGACCUUUCCCGAACUCUGUGCUCCCGGGCAACGGCGCCUCGCCUUACAGUGCUCCGACACCGCACGGCCACCCUUCCAACCGCCCAGACGCUCACUCACAAUCCCCAACACGUGAGCCGGAAUCUCCAUAUCGAGUUCGAGGCAACGGAGCAGGAUAUGCGACUUCUAUGAUGCGGGAAUCCAGACCCGCAUCCCCUCCCAAGGAGUCGAAACCUGCCCGAGCCGCGGAUCCCAUGUCAUUUGCCAGUAUUCUGUCUGGACCGACAGAAGACAAACCCGCACGAAAACCGUCCCCCCAACCUUCCCUUCCCUCCACACCCGCACUGCAGACACCAUCCGUGUACGACCAAAGAAAACCCGAGCCGACUCCUGUUACGGGCACUUUCUAUCAUAAGACAACAAGCUUAAGCCAGGACAAUCAUAACCCGGAACCUUUGGAGCCGCACGCUUCCAAUGGCUACAAAUCAGAAUCUGAUCCUAGGGAAGCUCGAGCUCAGGCGCCUCAACGGAAGCCAUUCCCGCCGGGUGUAGAUGCUGACCAAGUAAGCCGCGCUAUGAUGGAUAUUGACAAUGGCGCAAAGAGCGACCUGGAGAGCUCUGAAUUUGGACCAGAAAAGAAGCGUUAUUUGGAGAAAUCCCGCAUAAGGGCUCUGGAUAGUAGCUAUGCAGAGGGCAUUCGGCGCAAGCGUCGGCGUCAUGACUUCUUAAUCGACCUAAGCAAAAAUCUCGAGAAGAGCUUCAUUCUUGGAACAGACCGGUUCCGCGCCCUUCACGAAGGCGCUGUGAUUGCAGAGGUCCAGCAGAAGGAAGUCCACGAUGAAAAAGAACGAAAGAAGGACAUGCAACGAAAACGCCGUCGCGAGAACACGGUGCGCUUGGAGAUGCAAAAGAAGCUCGAAGCCGAACGCAAGGCAGACACCGCUCAGGACUCGGCUGAGAAGGCGAAGUUCCUCCGUGAGGCUGAACGUGCUCAAAAGAAAAUCAAAUCUACUAAGCGUGCUCUUGAAGGUGGAAGUGCCCAAGAUGACAUGGGCGAAAUCACUCCACUUGCACCAAAUCUGGAAGGCGGCACUACCAGUUCCUUCCAUGUUGGUCGUUCAUCACCUUCUCGACGUCGAUCUGGGCGUGCCGGUCCUUCUUCGCGACCGAAGAAGUCAAAGGAGCAGAAGCAAGCUGAAAAGGAUUCUGCAGAGGCCGCUCAUCUUGCCGGUCUGGAUGAAGAUUACUUCAUGUCGCGUGAUCCCAAGAAAGGUGGCCUCUCCAAGGAGGGUACGCCCAGCCUCCCGUUGCACUACGACAGUAAAGGCUACAACCAGAUCUAUGAGCAAAUUUGGCGCGACAUUGCUCGCAAGGAUAUUCCCAAGGUCUACCGUAUCAAGACUGUGUCAUUGUCGACUCGCCAAGAGAACUUGCGCAAGACAGCCCAGCUGGCCAGCAAGCAGUCUAGGAAGUGGCAAGAGCGUACCAACAAGAGCACCAAGGAUACUCAGGCUCGCGCCAAGCGGACUAUGCGAGAGAUGAUGUCGUUCUGGAAACGCAACGAACGGGAGGAGCGUGACCUGCGUCGUGUGGCUGAGAAGCAAGAGCUUGAGUCCGCCAAAAAGGCUGAAGCGGAGCGUGAAGCCAACCGACAGAAGCGCAAGCUCAACUUCCUUAUCUCCCAAACUGAACUGUACUCUCACUUCAUUGGACGGAAGAUCAAAACUGAUGAGGUUGAAGCUGCUGGGGAUGGAUCGGUUGCUGCCACUGGCGAGACUGUCAAGGCUGGCAAGCCCGGCGCCCACACCGUCAAUCUUCCUAGCAACGUUGGUGAUCUGAGCAGCAAAGUUACCAACUUUGAGGACUUGGACUUUGAUGCUGAAGACGAGUCUGUCUUGCAACAAGCGGCCAUGGCUAACGCCCAAAAUGCCGUGCAGCAAGCACAGGAUCGUGCGCGAGCCUUCAACCAGGAGAAGGGUGAUGACAACAUGGCUACCUUUGAUGAAGGAGAGUUGAACUUCCAGAACCCCACCAGUCUGGGUGACAUUGAAAUUUCUCAACCUACCAUGCUCAACGCGCAGUUGAAGGAAUACCAGUUGAAGGGUCUUAACUGGCUGGUCAAUCUGUACGAACAAGGUAUCAACGGUAUCCUAGCAGACGAGAUGGGUCUCGGAAAGACCAUUCAAUCCAUUUCCGUCAUGGCCUAUCUCGCCGAGUUUCACAACAUUUGGGGACCGUUCUUGGUCAUUGCUCCUGCAUCUACUCUACACAAUUGGCAACAGGAGAUUGCCAGGUUCGUUCCGAACUUGAAGGUCUUGCCCUACUGGGGUAAUGCACGGGACCGUAAAGUACUCCGCAAAUUCUGGGACCGCAAGCACAUCACUUACACCCGUGAAUCGGAAUUCCACGUUUUGGUCACUUCUUACCAGCUUGUGGUGCUUGAUGCACAAUAUUUCCAGAAAGUGAAAUGGCAGUAUAUGAUUCUCGAUGAGGCUCAGGCCAUCAAGUCAUCGCAAAGUUCUCGAUGGAAGAAUCUGCUGGGCUUCUCUUGCCGAAACCGACUUUUGCUGACAGGUACCCCGAUUCAAAACAAUAUGCAAGAAUUGUGGGCUUUGUUGCAUUUCAUUAUGCCCACCUUGUUCGACUCUCACGAUGAAUUCAGCGAGUGGUUCUCCAAGGACAUUGAGUCGCAUGCUCAAAGUAAUACCAAACUCAACGAGGAUCAGCUGCGUCGUCUACAUAUGAUUCUGAAGCCCUUCAUGCUUCGCCGUGUGAAGAAGAACGUACAGUCAGAACUUGGCGACAAGGUGGAGAAGGACAUUUUCUGUGACCUGACUUACCGCCAGCGCGCUUUGUACGCUAAGCUGCGCAACCGUGUUAGCAUUAUUGACCUGAUCGAGAAGGCGGCUAGUGGCGAUGACACCGACAGUAGCACACUGAUGAACCUUGUCAUGCAGUUCCGUAAGGUCUGCAACCACCCCGAUUUGUUUGAACGUGCCGAAACCAAGUCACCGUUCUCGGCGGCUUCUUUCGCAGAGUGUGCUUCUUUCGUCCGUGAAGGGGCCUUUGUCGAUGUUCGCUACUCGACUAAUAACCUUAUUGAGUAUGAGUUGCCGCGCAUGCUGGUCAGUUCGGCGGGGCGUAUUGACAUGCCAGGCCCUGAUAACCUUAUUGCUGGAUUCCGAAACAAGUAUCUCUCCCAUAUGAUGAACGUUUGGACACCAGAGAACAUCCAAGAAAGUGUGCGCGAGAAUGGUGCAUUCUCUUUCCUACGGUUCGUGGACUCAUCUGCUGGGGAGGCUAGCAAAUCGGGCCACCUUGGUGUUUAUGAGCGUGCAGCCCGCCGGCGUGGGCAAUUCAACCGCUUGUCUCAUUUGAACGUUGUGUACGAUGAUGACAAGUCGCUCUCCAAUUCCGUGUUGUCACAUUCUAUGCUUAACAUUGUCGAACGCAACGACACCCGGGCUGUUCAUGAUAUCACACCCGAGGGCCGUAUGCGGGCUUUGAUGAAUGUUUCACACUCUGCAUUCGAGGAUCAAGGACUCAACCGUAUUGAGCCCUGUGCUGCUCCUGCGGCUUCGGCACCACCGAUCCUUCUCUCAGCCUCUGGACAGGAAGCUCCACGAGUAAACCAAAAGACCAUGUUCAACGAGUCAAUCCGUGAAGCACUGUAUGGCAUUCCCGGCAAGCAAGUCGAUGACCAGCUUAUUACGAAAGAUCUCGAACCCACGCCCUACACUUUGUCACCGAUCCUGCCCCAGCCACUCUCGGUCAAGUCACGCUACAGUCACAUCGAGGUCCCCUCGAUGCGCCGAUUCGUGACAGACUCUGGAAAGCUGGCUAAACUGGAUCAGCUGCUGCGAGAACUCAAGCCCGGUGGUCACCGAGUACUGCUUUACUUCCAGAUGACUCGUAUGAUCGACUUGAUGGAAGAGUACCUGACUUACAGAAACUUCACCUAUUGUCGACUUGACGGUAGUACAAAGUUGGAAGACCGCCGUGACACUGUCGCGGACUUCCAAAGCAACCCGGACAUCUUUGUUUUCUUGCUUUCCACUCGUGCCGGUGGUUUAGGUAUCAACCUGACAGCCGCCGAUACCGUUAUCUUCUACGACUCCGAUUGGAAUCCCACCAUCGAUUCACAAGCCAUGGACCGAGCGCAUCGUCUGGGUCAGACCCGCCAGGUCACAGUGUACCGACUUAUCACGCGUGGAACUAUCGAAGAGCGUAUCCGCAAACGUGCUCUCCAGAAAGAGGAGGUGCAACGCGUUGUUAUCUCUGGUGGUGCUUCCGGUGGAGUCGACUUCAACACCCGGGCUCGCGACAACCGUACUAAGGAUAUUGCCUUGUGGCUUGCCGAUGAUGAUGAAGCCGAACUCAUUGAACAAAGAGAGAAGGAAGCGCUUGAACGUGGUGAUCCAGUGGGACCUGUCAAGGGUGGAAAGAAGGCUGCAGCCAAGCGGAAGCGAGAUUUAACGCUGGAUGACAUGUAUCAUGAAGGCGAAGGAAACUUUGAUGAUAACAGUGCCAAACCAUCCGGGGCUGCCACGCCCCUUUCCGAUCCGGUUGACGUCUCCUCGUCGGCCCCAGCGGCUAAGCGUAGUCGUGGACGCGGCCCUGGAAAAGGCACGUCAAAGCGUGCCAAAACCACCAAUGAACGCCUGCGUCUAAUUGACGGUGAUGGCGGUCUGGAUUAA